AGUCUCUAUGUGUGGCGGUUUCGUUUCAAAAUGAACCAAGCCGGGCCGCCGUCAACCUGUUCGCAGCGUUCCCGAAUCACGGCUAUAGUUGAAUCCUACAAACCCUAAUCCUCGACGCUUCGAUUCAAAGCCACGCCCGCUCUCAAUCCCAAGCAGAGCUAUCGACAGUCGAGAGUGCAAUCCCGGCUAUCCGGAAGCGGCACGAAGAGAAUCUUCCGGGAGAAAGAGUAGCCGGAAAGAUGUCCUACGACGACGUGGAGAUCGAAGACAUGGAGUGGAACGAGGAGCUCCAGGCGUUCACGUACCCUUGCCCAUGUGGGGACUUGUUUCAGAUCACCAAAGACGAGCUCAGGCUCGGCGAAGAGAUCGCUCGAUGCCCUAGUUGUUCCCUCUACAUCACUGUUAUCUACAACAUCGAAGAUUUCACUGGCGAUUCCAAGAAGAGUGUCGAGCAAUCUAAGCAACAGCCCGUUGCCGUUGCUUGAAAAUCCAGAUCAUAAUCGGUCUCAUGCGUAAUAUAUCGUGUCUCUGAACGUGCGUUUUUGUGAGUUAUUGUGUUGUCGUUCGUUAAAGGGUCGUUAGUUUUCUGCUGCGCUUUCUUUUGGGCAAAAUUUUGUUCUCGUUCAACGGUUAUGGUUUGGGAUGGGGGGUUUAGAUUUGUAGGCUCUAUUGGAUUUUGAGAUAUAUUUCAUAUUCUGGUGGAAUAAUUGCUAACGUUGAUUUAAGGGAGAGUCUAUUCACGCCAAUUCAAACAAUUGUGCUUUUGGAUGUUUUUUUGUUAUUGGUAGUGCAGAGAAAGUUAAUACAUCUUGCGUGAUUGGAAUAUUUU